GGAGUUCGAGUGUCAUCUACAAUCCGAAGAACUACUUUCGAACACUCCGUCCGAGGCGCAACGUGUACUUAUACUCGCAAAAAAACAUUUUCGUGGACCUCUUCACCAUCGAAUAACAUGCCCCCGGGCCACCAGACGCCUGAAUAAAGUUCAUCGUGUGACCUAGUGUUAAAUUCCCUGUGAUUUUGUGAACUUUUAACUGUGAAAAUUUAAUAAUUAACAAUGCCUUGUUCUGCUGUUACCUUAAGUUUGGCCACUAUUACCUCCAUCAUAGCUGUCGCUCUUCUUGCUAUUGCAUUCACAACGGAUAAUUGGUUGUAUAUCGAAGUAAAGAGGUCAAGCAUUCAGAAUUAUCUAAGUAAACAUUCAGAUCCGCAAAGCCAGGCGUUGUUAGAAAAUGUGAAUUCAAAAUAUUACUACUAUACGAGAACAAAAGGAUUAUUCAGGAUAUGUUACCCAAAGGAAAGGCCGCCUACUGUAAAGACAUACUUGAGCCCAUUGGAAACACAUUGCAACAAUGUAAAUUACUAUAUUCCCGAUGAAAAUAACGAUACCAAGGACUUUACCGACGAUGCUUGGACAAGACUACAUAUGGGACGCUCCAUGAUAGCGCUCUUUAUCAUAUCGUUCAUAGCUGUCUUUGCUGCCUUCUGUACAGGGGUAACAGGAUGUUGGAAGAGGUCUCCAGGAAACAUUACAGCCACUGCAAUACUUAUGCUGCUAGCAUGUCUGUUAAGUGCUGGUGCUAUGGGUCUAUGGCACGGAGUAGAAUAUUACGAAAAAGAAAAACAAGUAGGUGAAGAAUUUUACCAACAGUGGAAUACUGUAUUGCGCGACAACACCCGAGUCAACUACGAGUGGAGCUACAUGGUAGCAUGGGUUGGUGUAGGGUGGUCGCUGGUGGCGGCCAUUUUGUUCUCCGGAGCAGCCAUGUGCCUGCGAGGGGAGCGGGAACGCGAGGAGGCUAUCAACAUGCAGUACUUAAUGCCUGUGUACCCACAAAAACAACAGUACGCAUAUGGAGGCUACCCUGUUCCUCAACCUUACGCAGGACCGUACUACACCACCGGCUCAGCGUACGGCCCCUACAACUACUGACAAAGUCGAAACAAAUCUCUAGAAAACAAACGAACAACUUGAAGAGACUGAUGUCUUCGAAUUACCUGUUUUGUAUUUAAAUACAAAAUAUUUUUGAUAUUUAAGAUCAUAUUGUUACAACGAAACUUUUGCGAAUCGUAGAUAGUAAAUAUAAUGCUUACUGCAACCAAUGUAAGAAACUCUAAACCUCUAUUACUAUAUUUGGUUUGAAAUUUUGUUUCAGAUUAGGCAGUAUAUGUAUAUUGCUAUAUUUAUUCGCAAAUUUUUUUUUUGUACAGUAAAAUGCUCAGGGUAAAUGUUAUUUUACCGUCUAGUAUAAUUCUUUUAAUAAGAUCUAUUAAGUAUUUUUGUUAAUAGUUAAUUCUGAAGUCAAUACAACAGUAGACACUGACUAAUAUUCGGAAAUAUUUCACUACUGCCAAUAUUUAUUGAUUUAUUUAAUGUAUUUUACUGUAUAUUUACUUAAAGGAGAGAAAAGUUAAACUGCGAUCAGUAUCUGAGUAGAUACCACUCAUAAUUCCAAUGUUCUAAUGGUGUAUGGUGUUCGUUUGAGUUGCACCUCUAAAUAUCUGUUGAGGGCUUGACAAUUAUCUUUAAUUGACUUCAUUAUAUGUCAACCACUAUUCCUAUUAUUUUCCUAUUUAUGAUUAAAUCCAAUGAACGGUUUUUGUUCCUGGUCCUUCUUUCGACAGCUUAUUUCACCUCUAAGUACAUUUGGACUAACGUUUAUGGCAAACUUUCUUUUGAUAUCAUCUCUGAAAAAAGUAGGAUACUGACUAAAAUGAAUUGAUAUACCUACAAAGAUUUGAUACUUCAAAAAUUCAAGUUUCAUAUAAUUUAGACUUAAAAUUCAAAGAUAAUUUCCUACACUGAAACGUGAAGCCCAACAGAUCAGUAAAAUUGUGACUACAGUCAUUAUAAAGUUUUAUUUUGGAUUAAUGUAAGAUUAGCUAGUACCUAUACAAGCAUUUUUAUUACAUUGAACACUAAAUGACAGUAAAUCUAAAUACAAUUUAUAUUCUACAAGAAAUUCUACCUGAGAGCAUUCAAUUUUUAAUAAAAAAAAUAUAUUUAAGUAGGUUAUAACGAAACGUAGACUGUCAUCAAGAAUUAACUACUCAAAACAGUGUUACAUAUCUCUAAUUCUCAAAUCCAGUGGCAUUUUAAAAAUUCGGUUUCCUCCAAUAGUUUUAUAUAUUGGAUAAAUCAUAUAUGUAAAACAUUUGAUUACAAGAAAAAUUCUGAAUAUUAGGAAUGUGUCUAGAUAUUUGAUUUGAUUUUUUCAAAAUAAGCCAGUGACUGUAAUGUGUUCCAGCCAACAUAAAAUUAUAACCAGUGUGCACUUAUUUGUCUUUCCAUCAAAUUCAUUAGUUCAGAAUCAUUCUUAACUUGGAACAAAGCCGUAAAGAUUUGCGCAUGUGCGAACUUGCGCAUGUGGAAAUCUUUGAGAAUUAAUAAUUCUAGAACUUAGUUAUGAUAUAAUUAAUAAAGCUAUGAACUGAUGAUUCUUUAAUUUCUUUUAAUUAAUAAGGUAAAUACAUAAAUUGCAAGCCUAACAAACAUGUUAACAUAAGUAAAGAAAAUUUCUCUUGGGUAUCGCUUAAUAAUGUCUGAAAAAGCGCACAUUUGCGCUUGCACUCAAGACAUUGCACUGGCUUCCACUAUUGUUUGCUUCAUCAGCAAGAUAAAAACAACAAAUUAAUGUGAUAUGUAGUGUGUUUUUGUUUAUUUUGAAAAAGUGAUAAUUGUUAAUGUUAUAUUGAUGCCAUCAUGUUCGAUAUCACCUUAAAAACCCAGUAAUUCAAGUUUUUGGUGCAUUUAUAACAUACCAGUGUCUAUUCCAUAAAUUUGACUCACUAGAAUAUUUACAUAAAGAUGGAUAACCUGUUUUAUAUUUGGAAUCUCCAUAAUUUAAGGCAAUAAAACUUACGGCAUUAAGAUGGCACUAAGGUGCAUUCACACAUGCACACUAAUAUCAAGUAAUGCAUAUGAUCGGUACGUCAUUCGUUGUAUCUUUGCACAUUCAUGUUUAAUACAUUUUAUAUUAUGCCAUCAAAAAUAUAUUUGCCAGCUAAGUUUAUGUUAUUAAUUAAUUAGAAUAUUAAUUUCUGUUCUUGGAUUAUAAAUAAGUAUUUACUACACGCAAUGAAACAAUAUCAAAGUUCCCGUAUUAAUCACUGUCCUUCAUCAUAUUGUGUCUUUGCUUGAUAAAUAGUGAACGGAAAUCAGCUUAAAUUUAUGGUUUUAGGUUUUAUGAGUAGAAAAGAAAUAUGCAUGUGCAAAGAAUCAUCGAACGAAUUAUGUCUUUAUUUUUCAAAACAAUGUCUCAAAAUUGUUUUACCACAAACAUCACCAGUGAUUUAAUUGAUCUGACCGAGUGGGUUUUAUUUUAAGUGCAAUUUAAAGAAAAUCCUUAUUUUCAACAAUCAGAAGUACAGGUUCAGAAUAUACUUUCAAAUAAACGUUACUUUUCCUAUUCAACUUCUUCGUAUGCUUUAAAUAUAUUUUCAGUUGUUUGUCUUAACAUACAUUUAUAAGUUUUUCCCUCAUUAUGCUCAGUUAGAAUUGUUCAAUGACUUAUUGAGACACUGUGACAUUGUCAUGAAUAAUGUACAUGCGCUAUAUUUAUGCGCAUGUCACUAACUGCGCAGAUAUACAGCGCAAGUAUUGCCAGCAUGCCAGUAAUCUUUUAAAAUAAUAUUUUAUGUGUCCUGUCUGUUAAGUUAAGCGACUCUCUAGCUAAAUAGAGAGAUAAUACUGCUUCUCUGAUAUUUUCCCUAGAAAUUGAGUAACAGAUGAUAUUAUAUCGUUUUAUUCCAAUUUGUCUCGCUUAAAUAAACUUUUGAUGUGCUUUAAGGCACCAAGCAAGCAAAUUAUACGAUAAUAACGUUAUUGAAAUAUAUUUUCAUGAACCUGGUAACGUAAAUUAUUAUAAUUAUUAUUAAUAUGUAAACAUCUUGUAUAUAUAUUUUACUAGAAUUAAGUGUAGGUAAACUACAACCUUAAGAUAUUGUAUAAAAGUGACUGUACUCUGUCGUGAAGUAGGUAUAUACAACGAACAAUUCUAUACGAUGAUUAACAAUAGUUAUUUAUAUAUUUUUUAUAUUUCUUUAUAUAAAAUAUUUUUAACAAUUUAGGUAAGAAUAAAUAAAAUCAUGUUUUGA